AUGGACUCUUUGAGACCCGCUCUGAUCGAGAGGAUCCGUCUGGAGAAGUAUAUCCGAGAGUGGUGCGGACUAUUUGUUUUCAUUGAGAAGUCGACAAUUCACCUCGUCUAUCAGACUGCGAAGGAAUUUCUAAUUCACAACCAACAGAUAGAAUGCGGUGCUUGGAAACACUCAUUAAUGCCCACAGACAAUGCGAGAAUCUUGGCGCAGAUAUGUGUUGACGCCCUCUGGCUAUUCCAAGCAAAGCUCAGCGAUGCUGACUUGCUUGAACCCGCGGACGUAACCGAGGAAGACAUAUGGAGUUUAUGGAGUUUCCUGAAAUAUGCAGGGGCUUCUGACAAAGGUCGAGUGAAUAUAGUGAAAAAGUUGCUCGACUAUGAGUGCAACUGUUCUUACAAUGUGAUGCGAACUACGGCUGCACGUGGUCACGAGCAUAUCGUGCGGAAUCUGCUCGAUGCUGGUGCCAAUGUCAACUGCCGUCGAAGCUAUGGCUACUCAUUCGAGGCUGCAGCCGAAUGUGGCCACGAGGGUGGUGUGCUGAUUCUACUCGAUGCUGGCACCGAUUUCCAGCGCCACGCAGAGUGUUGUAGUACCGCGUUGCCGGCUGCAAUCAAAUAUCGUCAUAGGAAGGCCAAACGCGAUCUAUUUGAUGUCGAUGCUGAUGUAUCGGCAAAGGGUUUCUCCAACAUUACGUUCCUGGCAGCAGUAACGGACGAGAUAAUUAUGGACUUGUCCCCUCACCCUGACCGAUGGACCGACCGGCAGAGAUUAAAUAAUUUGAGAUUGCAAGUUAUGAGGUGUCACAAAGACGAGGGAUUCUGGCUCGAAACCUCUUCUAACCUGAACAAGGUCAAACGGGCUAUCAAUGGCUUGAAACUACAUAACUUGGCGCGACACACGGACACGCUUGCUUCGUUUCGAUUCGUGGAGCGCUUUGCUCGUGGGUAUAUACGCCUUGGGUUUCUGCGACAGCUCAAUGAUAAAAGGGGAAAGAGAGCGCGGUCGGUCGAAGGAACAACGGCCGACGAACUUGAGAGGAGAUCUUAA